AUGUCGUUCGAUCUAGAGUCUGGCCGUGGGGGCUAUACCGAUGACCCGGCCUUCCAAGAACUACAGUACGACCUCAAGAGCAAAUUACAGACCCUUCUGAGCAGCAAUCGGAAACUCGCCAACGAUGUCAACGUGCUGGGCACUAGGAAGGAUACCCCGCGCCUGCGGGAGCGAGUUCACAACAGCAUGGAUAAGACGAGGGAUAUGUGCAGAGAGAUUGGCGAUGGUGUCAAGCGGCUUCAAACAUGGGAGGACUUGACCAAACAACAAAAGUAUGAACAAACAAAGGUUUCGAGCGACUUUCAGGCUGCUCUUCAGGAAUUCCAGAGCCUUCAGCGACGAGCCCUCGAAAAAGAGCGCGCAUCAAUUACCGCCGCUCGUGCGGCACAGGAAGGCGAGUCGGCCGAGGGCGCUUCAUCCGAAACCCAAUUAGAGCAACUCCAGCAACAAGAACAGCGCGUUGUACUCGCGCCUCAGGACGAGGUCGACUUCCAGGAAGCUCUCAUCAUUGAGCGCGAGGAAGAGAUCCGCAACAUUGAGCAGGGUGUCGGCGACCUUAACGUCCUCUUCCGACAAGUAGCGCAAAUUGUGAACGAGCAGGGGGAGCAGCUGGGCUCGAUCGCUGACAGAGUGGAAGAUGUCAGAGAAGACACGCGCCAGGCUGACGUCGAAAAUCGACAGGCCGCGCGGUACCAGAAGGCAGCUCGCAACAAGAGCUGCUGCCUAUUGUUAAUCCUCGCUGUCAUUCUGACCAUUGUUAUCCUUGCUAUUGUCCUUGACUAG